UCUCUACCAUUUUGUUUCGCCUUGCUCUCGGUCCGCUGUGCAGCCGCGCUCCAGUGCGGUAGGUGUCAGUCAGCAGCUUCCGACUGCCUCCGAAAUUUCGAGGAGAAAAGCAAACCGUUCAUGCGUCGGGGACGGCUAGCUCUUUCGGUGGUUUGCGUUCGCUGCAGAAUUUAACCGCUGGAAAACCUACGCGAUGACCAAGCUGCAGCUCCUGCACCGCGCGCUCAACGAGCGCCUGAUGGCGGCGGUGGAGCAGAUCAUGGAGAUGGUCGGCGGCACGGUGCUGGAGUACGAGGAAGAGACGAUCCGAGCGCGGAAAGAAAACGAGGUUCUGAGACGGAGGCUGCGAUGGAUGGAGGGGGCAAACCGAGCCGACUGGCCAGGCCCAUCAGAACCAGUGUCAGUUUCCACCACGGACGAGGCCAAUCCAUCCCGGCAAGAUGAGGGUGCUGUCAACUUUGGGUUCGGACCGGAAUCGGAAGCUGUCGUGAUCAAAACGGAGGCGACUGAUCUACCCCUGUGCAGCAUCCCCGCAUUACCUCAAAGCAUUGAUCAGGGACCUGACAAUGCCGGGACAGGCACUGGUAUCGCCUAUGGCCUGGUCGACAACAUGACCUGGGACUCUGCCCAAAAUUACAUGGCCCCUCUGGACUUUGAUCCCACUUCGGGUCCCAGCAGGGUCCGGCACUGGAGAAGUCAGAACAGAAGGCAAAGGAUGUCCUUUGCCUGUCCAGACUGUGGUAAAGUUUUCGGAAGUAAACAGAGACUGAUGGUUCACAUGCGCAUUCAUUCCACAGAGAGGCCUUAUGCGUACCGCCGGCGCAAGGCGUGCUUCUAUGGUGACAAUAAGAAAAAGAGCAAGCUGCAUAGGCUCUCUAAGCUGAGAGAAAUUGUGGACGAUCUGUCAGAUGGCUCCGAGCAGACGAACAGGAGCAGUGCAUCACCUGAAACUACUGCACCGGGCCACGAAGAAGAGCCUGAGAGUGACCACACCAGCAGUGAUAAAGAACCAGAAAAGAGAAUUACCACCCCUGUGCGCAAUCGGCGCGAAAAAAAGAGGGUUGUAAACCAGACGUGUCAGUGCCCUCAUUGCCCUCACCGGGUGUUCGCUCGGCCCUGUCAGUUAGCCUUGCACAUGAAGACCCACACAGUCACCGCACUUGUCAACCUGCCCAGCCAAGCACAUUCAGGAACUGAGGAGAUAGUGGAUGCGAACAGGAGAUUACCCAAGAGGCAAAGAAAGAUUUAUGUGGAGAAGAAGGCCAAAGUUGCUGACAAAAGUGAUUUCCCUUGUCCAGACUGUGACAAAGUCUUCUUUCACGCAAGCCGGUUGCGUGUCCACAUGAAGUCCCAUGAGACCAAAAGGGCUUUAUUACACAGAGCUCGGCAAAUCAAGACUGAGCUGACUAAAGAAGAAACUAUGGAGGUAGUGCCUAAAACGACAGAAGUACAGAAUGUGAAGGAGGUAAAGAAAACGUAUGCCUGCCCGCAUUGUGAUAAAGUGUUUGCUCGUGAAGGAUGGCUGAUGCCACACAUUCGCACUCAUCACGGGGAAGUAAGGAACAGGAGUGAUUACUUUAACGUGUAUGGCAGUGGCCGUACGAGGUCACAACAGCUUGUCACUAAGCGAUUGCGUAAGCGCAAAGCUCAGAAACGGGAAAUCACUAAGAAGAUGAGACUGAAUAGCCAGAAAACUAAAGGCUCAAGAAAGGUCAAAGCUAAAGCAAGUCAAACAAGUGAUGAGUCUAUUUUAGUUGUUGAUGUGCCAACAUUCACAAAAGAUGAUGCUGAAGAGAGUACAGAUCUUCCUAUACUGGGCACAGAUGAGGCUGGAGAAAGUGAACAUCAUUCUGUGAUGGGCACAGAUGACGCUGAAGAAAGUGUAAAUCUUCCUAAAAUAGGCACAGAUGAGACGCAACAAAGUGCAGAUCUUUCUAAAAAAGGCACAGAUGAGUCAGAGGGCAUUUCUGAACAAUCAAAGGACAUCUCAGGCUCUGACUGUGGUACAUCAAGCACUAAAUACCAGAGGACUACGUUUCCAUGCGCAACAUGUGGCAAAGACUUUAUUCUGGAGAAGAGGCUAAAGAAACACUCAAGGAAACAUAUAGGACAUAGGUUACAGGAUGAAAAGAAAAGGAAAAGAGAGCAAGUUGGAAUGACAAUCAAGAAAAAAGAAGAAACUAAAUGGGAAGGAAAAAAGAGGCUUGAUGAUGAGAUGCCAACAAAUAAUCACAACCCAAAUGCUACGCAGACACCUCAUGGAUCAUCAAAGAAAGACUUGUUACGGAAAAGCAGAAACAGAGGUCAAGGGCCACUACCCUGCCCAUUUUGUGGCAAGGUUUUUGCUUGGGAAAUGCGGCUUUUGAUGCAUAUGCAGAUUCACUGUGGUGAGAAACCGUACGCCUAUCGUCAGCGCAAGAAACGUUUUUAUGGUGACCUGAAAAGGGGCAAAAUCCCGAAAAUCCAUAAUCAGGAGCCUUCAGGGGACAAAAGUGACGAGUCUGAAGAAGCUGCGAGUGAAGAGACGGUGAAUAAGGGCAGGUCUGCACAUUUGAACAGCAAUGCAAUCCAUGCAGUGUCUGGAGCUCUCGCAAGCAGUACAGCUAUUGAGCAGCCUACCACCUCUUACAAGAGUAAUCAAAGAACCAAAACCACGCGGGUCAGUGACAUCAUGAGCCACUUUAAUAUGCAGCCCAGGAUUAUUUUACAACCAAUUAUGACUGCGUGCAAGAACUGGAGCUCAGUGCCUCAGGUAGCCGACUUAAAAGCAGGUUGCCCUGGAAAAAGUAGUGGCUUUGAUCAUGAACAAACCUCAAAACGGGCUGAUGAUGAAAUGGUGGAAGCUGUGGAAGAUGAAAUUGUGGAUUCCAAUCCUUGCAAAUUGGCAGUGGAGUUUUCUGGUCAUGGCACCCAAAACAAGCCUGAAAUUUGCUACACCAAGACAGAAAUAGUCUGUAUGAAGGUUGGAUCUCAAAAGCAUGAUUCGGAAGUACAGCAUGACAAUGUUGGGAGCUCAGUGGUCUUUGAAUCCUCUGCUGGAAAUAACGUCAAGAGCCAACAAAAAGGCAACUGCAACUUUCAUUUUCCUGGUGUUUCAGAAAACACACCCAGAGACCAGGUAUCACUCAUAGUAAUAGAUGAUGAACCAGAACAGUCAUAUGAAAGAACUGCUGCUGAAAAUGCUCUGCCUGAAUGUGGAAGAACAACGUGUGAUUGUAAGAACAUUUCUUCUAUGAAAUUAACAGUAAUGCCACAGAGUAGCGUUUUAGAAUCUUUGUUCAAGGAAACUAGUACUGACGCCAUGCAGAAGAACGUUAACUCAAAAUUAGUUUGUGUUGUCCUCUCAGAUGUUGAAGACAAUGUUGAUGGAGGUCCUUCCAAAGGUUUAAAUACAAAGAAAACCACCUCUCGCCCUAGCACUCAAAAUAAACAAUUAGAAGUGGGGCGCACGCCUGGCAAAAAUUCCUCCAGCGACUCCAUCUGUCCAGCUUCAGAUACAACUGAAUCUACCAAAUCUACUGAUGGUGCCUCACAACAUACUGAUGGCCAGAGUAUCUCACAUGACCCAGUCAGAGACCAGAUGGCCUUUACCACCAUCAGACAAACAAAGGACAGGCCCACGGGUUUAGAGGAGAGAAUAUCAUGUCAAGCAUCUGAUAUGGUGUUUGCUGGUCAAGAAUGUCUGUCGGACAUUAAUGCUGACAAGAAACUGCUCGACAUGGAGACUGUUAGUAGCGAGAGAAAAAAUAAUAAGCUGGGUCUGAACAAACAGAUGUCAGAAUCUCUUCUGGAUGAUUCAGCUGACAACUCUGAUAUCUCAGGGAUGAAUGAACCUUCUGUACAAAAUGUGAAAAAUUAUUUGUGAAACGUUCUGAAGAAUUCGAAAUGCCCUCAGACUU